AUGCAAUUAAUACUCUUAUGUUUAUUUGCAACAAAAAUCUUUGGUUGGGGAGAAUUAAACAAUGUAAUAGGAUUAAAUUAUUAUGGCUCAUCAGACGAAUGGACAAUAAAUUAUGAACCGAGAGACGUUUUUACUUUUAAUUCUAAUUGUUGUACAAACCUAGAAAAGGGCUACAAUGAUACAGAUUUAACUAUUAAUCCAUCAGUAAGUCGAGACUGGAAAUUUUCAGGAAUCAUUAACAUGAAACACAUAUUUUUUAUGACUCGACCCCGACAAGAGAAAAUGACUAUUUAUGAAGACGAUCGACCAGAUGGACUUGUCAUCACUUUUGGGUGUUUUGAUGGAAGCACUGGGUGCAGACAAACACAAACAUUAAGAACUGAAGUUAUUGUUAAAAACAAAGGAGUUGUAUUACAUUCAAAAAUAGAUGAACAGUGGAUUAUAACAAUUUCAAGAGAUCAAGACCAAAAUAAAAUUCCACUCGUUUAUAUCGAUGGAGAAGUGCAACAAACAGUAUCAAUAAAUUUAUCAUCUUUUAAUCGAGCAGUUGAUACUUCUCCUUCAAUGUAUUUACUUUCUGGAAUCCUUAUGAAUGAACAUGUUAAUUUAUAUUCAUCUGACUCUACACAUGAAAUUAAGUCAGUCUGCACAAGUGGAAACUUUUCAAGAAUGAAACUUGUUUCUAAAACAGGAACAUCAUAUGGUCCGUCGUAUAAUUGUCAUUGCGAACCCGAUUCUUUAAAACCUUUUGAUGAAUUUGAUUAUCCAGAUUGUAAACACAAUAGCACAUUCUUCGACUUAAAUCUUGUUGGGUUCACCGAUUAUCGAUUUAAACAAGUGGGUUGGGCAACAAUCAAUUAUAGCGAACGCCAAGAGCUUGUACUUCACUCAACUUUAGAUUCACUGCAUUUUAAGAUUUUGACUAUCACACCAGUUGAUUUGGUAUUUAAUGUUUAUGUUAAAAUCGACAAAUUAAUAUUUAUAAAAGGGAAUGUGUAUUUUGAAAUGGGUGCGUCAAUAGAUUCCAUUGAAUAUACAACUGAAGCAUUAAUAGAAAACGAACUUUUUUGUGUUAAAAAGGAAUUUCACACAAACAACAACUCAUUUGUUAAACAAGGAAAUCAAGUCUUUUACAUUCAAAACCCAUGCAAAACUGUCCCAUGUUCAGGAGAUAAUUGCAUUGAAAUCAAUGGAUGUUACUUCGUUUUAAAUCUCGGUUGUGACUUCGUUAGAUCGUGUCCAAAUGGUAUGUUUAUGGAUGGAACUUUUUGUUACAGUUGCACAACACAUGAUUCCAAUUGUGGGUUCUGUGAUAAAACAAAAUGUUUUGAAUGUAAUGAUGGUUUUCGUCUUGAAGCUGGAAAAUGCACAACAUGUCAAGAAAAUUGUAAAAAAUGUUCAGAAAAUAUGUGUAUCGAAUGUGAUCAAGGUUUUUACUAUGAGAAAGGGAAAUGUAUUGAAUGUUCUGUAGGGUGUAAGAAUUGUAUAAAAAAUUCAUGCAAGGAAUGUGAAAAGAAUUUUUAUUUGAAUGAUGGAACUUGUCUUGAUUGCCAAACAUUCUUCCCCAAUUGUCUCGAAUGUGAUAACGGACAAUGUAAGACGUGUCAAGAAGGUUAUCAUUUGGAUCAAGAUGGCACUUGUAAAAGGUGUUCCAAUAUUUAUCCAAAUUGUAAUUUGUGUAAUGAAAUUGAGUGUAUUGAAUGUAACGAGUAUUCAUUUUUUAAAAAUGGGAAAUGUGUCAAUUGUUUUGAAGAUUUUCCAUUAUGUUCAACUUGUGACCCAACUCAUUGUACCUUAUGCAAUAACGGUUAUUUCCUUGAGAAUACUGUUUGUACAGAAUGUUCAACAAAAUACACCAAUUGUGCAUUGUGUAACAACACUCAUUGUAGUGAUUGUGUUGGAGGAUAUUUUGUAAAUGAAGGGCAAUGUAACAGUUGUGAUACAAAACAUACAAACUGUGUGAAUUGUAACUUUACACAAUGUCUGACUUGUUCAGAUGGCUUUUUUGUUGAUAACGGAAAUUGCAUGGAAUGUCAGAAUGGAUGUGAGUUGUGUGACCAAUUUGUUUGUAACAGAUGCAAAAGAGGUUUUUAUUUCUCUGGUGGACAGUGUGUAUCUUGUUCAGAAGGAUGUACAGAUUGUGAUGAAAACGGAUGCUCUCAUUGUACAAGUGACUAUUCUCUUAUUGGUGGUACUUGUGAACUUUGUAAGAACGUAUUUUCCCAUUGCUCGGUGUGUGUAGAAGAUCAUUGUGGAAAUUGUGAAGUUGGGUUUUAUCUUGAGGGUAUGAGCACUUGUAAUUCAUGUACUAAAUAUGAUUCAAACUGUGGUUCGUGUAACCCAACAUCUUGUUUGGGAUGCAAUGGAAAUUAUUAUUUAAAAGAUGGAAUGUGUGUAAAUUGUGAAGAGUCGUUUCCAAAUUGCAUGGAAUGUACAACUGAAAAAUGUACCAAAUGUUCACCAAAUGCUUUUGAUAUAAAUUCGAAGUGCCAAUUGUGUUCAGAAGUUUAUUCCAAUUGCAACUCGUGUAAUAAAACUCAAUGUCAAGAAUGUGCUCUUGGAUAUUUUGUUGAUAAAGGCCAAUGUAAUAAAUGCUUAACCAAAUAUCAGGGUUGUGAAAAAUGUGACGAAACCAAAUGUUCACUUUGUAAAAAUAUGUAUUACUUAAACGGAAAUGGGUGUGUCAGAUGCAAUGAAACGUUCCACAAUUGUAUAACAUGUACUUCAUUACAGUGUAAUGCAUGCUUAAACGGGUUUUUUGUCGACCAGACUGUUUGCAAAGAAUGCAAAUCGAAGUACACAAACUGCAUUCUUUGCGAUGGAUCAAGUUGUCUUGAAUGUGAGAAUGGGUUUUAUCUCGAAAGUAAUGUUUGUAAACCGUGUAAUUCCAAAUUUGAUAAUUGCAUAUCUUGUGACGUAUCAAAGUGUUCUGUCUGUGAUAAAAACUCGUUUAUAGAAAAUGGAAUUUGUAAAUUAUGCUCUUCUAAAUUUGCUUCAUGUGAAAGAUGCAACGCAACAACAUGCUAUUCUUGUCAAAAUGGUUUUUAUUUGGACAAUGGUCUCUGUUCAACAUGUGAAACAAAACAUCCAAAUUGUGAAGUGUGUGAUGAAACGGAUUGUUAUAAAUGCAAAACUGGACUCUUUUUACGUGAUGGGAAAUGCCUUAGCUGUGGUGAUAUUUAUGACAAUUGUUCAAAGUGUGAUGAGACAAGGUGUUUGGAAUGUAUGGACCACUUUUAUUUGUCGAAUUACAAAUGUAAUGGUUGUGAAUCAAAUUGUGAUGUUUGCCACUCCGAAUCAACAUGUUCCAAAUGUUUUGAUGGAUAUUAUUAUAAGGAAGAUGACAAGACGUGUUCGUUGUGUAACAUGAAAGGAUAUUACAAAGAUGGUAAAAGUUGUAAAAAGUGCAGUGCAACUUGCACCGAUUGUUUAUCUCAAACAAAAUGUGUGUCGUGCGUGGAGGGGUAUUAUCUCGUUAAUACCACGUCAGAAGAAAUGACAGAAGCCUUUGGAACAUGUACAGACUGUUCAACGCGUGGUUGCACAACAUGCAAUUCAACAUUGUGUAUAACGUGUGAAAGCAAUAAAUACAUUGACGAAAGUGGGUUGUGUUCUGUGUGUAAACCCGAUAACGGCAAAUGUGUUUCAUGCUUUAUUGAUGAAAACCGAAACAAAAAGUGUGAAAAGUGCAAACCGGGAUUUUGGAUAGAAGAUUUCGAAUGUGUGACUUGUGAAACGUGUGGAAGCAAUGGGUGCUCGAACAAAACGAACGGACUUUGUUUCAACUGUUUAUCUCCAAACGAAGUUUUGAUUGAGGGUAUUUGCCAAAUUGAUGAAAAUUGUAUUUCCAUUGAACCCAAGACGAGUGCCUGUGUGGCGUGUGAAUCGGAUUAUGUUUUGAUAGGUAAAAGGUGUGUCAAAACACAACAAAAUACAACAGAAGACCUUGUCAACUUCGAAGGAAAUUAUUUCACAAAAGAGGAGUUUCAUUGCAAAGAAGUAUCUGAUUCGAAUUGUGUUUUGUGUUUGGACGAAUAUUACUUAAAAGACCUACAGUGUCUCAAAUGUGAUGAAAUACUUACAAAUUGCAUAAAAUGCGGACUUUUGAAUUACUCAAAUUACAAAGAAGUUUACUGUGAUGUUUGUUCAAUUGGGUAUUUCCCGGAAGCUGUUUGUAAGAUUUGUUCUGAAAUUAGUGGGUGUGAUCAAUGUGUCAACUAUCUUGAAAAUGAUAUAUCUUCACGAAAGUGCACAAAGUGCCUUGAUGGGUAUAAGUUGUCCAAUUACACAUGCCAAGAAAUAUCACAUUGCGUUAGUGGUGUUGGUGAGAGCUGUGUCAAAUGCGAAAGAAAUUUCUUGGUAUCAUCUGGGGAAUGUGCGCCAUGUGGGGAUGUUGUGGAAGGUUGCGUGGAAAGUCUUUCAAAUCAGUGCACUAAAUGUGACGAUUUGCAUUAUUUGAACUCCGACUUUAUGUGUGCAAAAUGUGAUAUCUCAAAUUGUAAGAAAUGUGAUGCCAUAGGAUGUGUUGAGUGUUUGACAAAUUACACACAAAGCGCAGACUAUUCUGCGUGUAUUCCAUGUGAUGAUAUUCCAAAUUGCCAGAACUGUGACAACAAAAUUCCAAUGAAAUGCAUUUUGUGUUCCCAAAAUGCAUAUUUUAAAACACCAAAAACUUGUGAAAAGUGCACUUCAAUACCAAAGUGUGUGUUGUGUACGUUGUAUGGGGAGUGCAGACAGUGCAUUUAUGGACACUAUUUGGACAAUGAUGAGUGUCAUAAAUGCAACGAAAUUGAUGGAUGUCUCGAAUGUACAGCAACAAAGAAAUCUUGCACAAAAUGUAAUGAGACGUUUUUCUUAGAAAAUGGAAAAUGUGUGAAGUGCAAAGACUCAUUUGCAAAUUCGGUGUU